AGGAGAACGAAGCCGUGCAGGAGAAUCUGCAGUCGGAGCAUUUCCAGCUUUGCAAGACUGUGCGUCACGGUUUCCCGCAUCAGCCAUCCUCCAUGGCCUUUGACCCGGUGCAGAAAAUCUUGGCCAUCGGGACCCUGACCGGAGCUUUGAGGCUGUAUCCUUUUUGUUUUCCCCUCCUGCUUCCUUUCCCACGUGGAGACGCCAGGACACGCACAAGGAAAGUAAAAGCUUGGAUGAGUCAACAGUUUUUUUUAUUCUCCUUUGCCACUUGUGCUUUGCAGGGUUAUGUUGCCUUUGCUACAGUAUUUAUGUCUUUGGGUCCCUUCCCCUAACAGGAACCAGCGGCUUAGAUGGGUACGAUGGAUACGCACAGCACAUAGAAAAGGAUUAUUACGAGCAUCAACGUCACUCUUCCUAGAAGGGUUCCUUUAAGGCCAGUAGGCUCUCUGAGCAACCCGGCUCAUUAGCAGUGUCUCUGCAGUAGCAUGAACAACCCCCCCGCACUGUGACUAUGUGGGCAUCAGUGUUUCCCACAGGACUGUAAUCUAUCUGUGGUGUUGUGGGCUAGUUGACAUCAUUUGCAUAAACCACCAUGACAAGAGGCAAGAGACAGCAAGUAAGCAAAAACAUGAAAAGGAGAAGGUUGAGAAAUAGAAAUGAACUUGACUCUGUCACCUUUUUUUUUUUUUUUAAACAGCCCCGCCUGUGAGUGCUUUUAGAUGGGGUGGUGCCUGCUGCAUGUUGAGAAGAGCAACAUGUGCAUUGAUGUUAGUCUCCAAACGUGUCCAAGAAGAUCAGAAACAAUUGCUAUAUUUGUGGCCAGUCGCUUUUUUAUUUUUAUUUUUUUAUUUGCUAAAUGUAGCUAGAAAGUCCCUAAGUUGGCGACACUGAUCCGUCCUGCCACUUUGUAAAAAUUCUCUGGCAGACCAGGUGCAUGAGGUGUGAUGAUAAGCACCGUUAGGAUGCCAUCUACUGUAUGGAGUUGGAACAACGAGCUACCACUAUUAUAAUGUGUUUAUGAGCCAGGACCUCCAGCUGGGAUGUCCAUAGCAAGCCAUGGCACCUUUGUUCUAUUGCUUUAUAAAUGAAUAUGGCCCCUGGUAGGAAACUAGUUUUUGAGUGUUUAAUCCUCCAUGGAGGUGUCCUUAAGGCCUCAGGUCUUUAUUUUAGCUUUGGGGGUCCCUCAUCUUCAUUGAGAUUUCCCCCACGUGCCGUGAUUAAGAGAGUCGUCGUGUUUACGGGGCGACUCCUUCCUGCGUCGGCCUUAAUGUGUGAGCCGAUGGGAUUACUGUCACUCAGGCAAUUGGUCCAUUUAUCACCAGACAGGCGGCAUCGAUCCCCACCCUUUACGUUUACAAGAUGUGUCUCUGCUACAACCCGUUGGCGCCGCUCGCUCUCAGCUGUUGUGUUGACCUUUUACCUCAACGUCAGUUUAAAAAUGAUUAGAGAAGCAGUGGGAUCGCCAGUACUAGGAUACCCUUCAUUGUGGUUCACUAUGUGGUCCUCGGGUUAGCGCUUCUGUUCCUACUGUUCUACUGUCAGUCAGAACCUACACCUGAACGAGCGUGUAACUUCUUUCCUGUGAGGGGCAUCUGGUGAACAACAAAAGGAUGCAAGGGCCACCUUGAUAUUUUGUAAAGCAACACUUGCAGAUAAAGCUGCUUUACCAUCUUCUAAAUACGUUGUUAACGUUAUUAGAGCCCUCUACUGUAGACAUGAAAUAGCAACAUAGCAGAUAUCAUCAGAGAUCUGUGUUCCGGGAGAAGGCCCGGGGCAGACCUAGGACACGCUGGAGGGAUUAUGUCUCACAGCUGGCCUGGGAACACCUUGGUGUCCUCCUGGUGGACCUGGAGGAGGUGGCCGGGGACCAGGAAGUCUGGGCUUCCCUACUGAGACUGCUGCCCCCGCGACCCAGACACGGGUAAGCGGGAGACAAUGGAUAGAUGGAUUGGCCGACGCUGCAUUCGUACAGUGUAACAAACAGGAAGAUGCCCAGUGGGGUGCAUGGUGGGCGUUUAGGUUGUGCUGCUAUACCUGAAAAAGCUUGAUGAGACAUGAAAUCCAUUUUUAGCUGUUUGGCUGUGUUGAGCCCGUCUCUAAGCCCCGCCUCAGUUUGUUUGAAGUGUUUUUGUUUGAGCACAGCUGACUGAGUUGUGUUUGGAGAGCACAUCAUGACGAGGAGGAUGUGGAGCAGCAGCAUGUUUGCAUGGAGUUUCUGUCUUCGGAUGAGUGCCGCAGUGCUUCUGCUGCUGUACCGUUUGCAAAAGGUCUUUUUAUUUUGGUCUUUUUUUCCAGGGUUGUAGUGAGUGCAGGUGUCCACGUGGUCCUCCUCCUCCUCGAGGACUCCUGCGUUCUUUCCUUUCAUCUCCAAGUUCACUCGCCAGUGCAGGCAGCCGACAUCUAACAGCCGCGCGAGCAGGCGGCACUUUGAGCAGAUGGGCAUCCUCGGACCCCGAGCUGAGCCGGUCGGAUUGAGAGUGAGAGUUGCAUACACCCGUCUCACGGGGGACCCCAUAGAUUGUUAUUUAUAGCUCCAUCAUUCCAUUUUGACUUGCAUAGUUACAUUGGAAGGAAAAACAGUCCACCUGGGGACCACUGGGGACAACUUCCUUAAAAUGCGAGAUGGACACAUGGAAUUGAGAAGACAUAACAUUAGCUUCGGCCGAGCGGGUGUGGAGUGCUAUUGCCAACACGAAAGCGCCGCCGCCGUCAUCCAGCUCCAGUUCCUCAUCAACGAGGGGGCGCUAGUGAGUGCCUUAGCGGAUGACAGCGUCCAUCUGUGGAACCUGAGGCAAAAGAUCCCUGCCAUCCUUCAUUCCCUCAAGUUCAACAGGGAGAGAAUCACGUACUGCCACCUGCCCUUCCAGAGCAAAUGGCUUUACAUCGGCACAGAAAGAGGAAACAUCCACAUCGUCAACGUGGAGUCCUUCACCCUCUCAGGCUACGUCAUCAUGUGGAACAAAGCCAUCGAACUAUCCACCAAGACACACCCAGGGCCCGUGGUGCACAUCAGUGAUAACCCCAUGGACGAAGGAAAGCUCCUGAUCGGAUUUGAGUGCGGGGUGGUGGUGUUGUGGGACUUGAAGUCCAAAAAGGCUGACUACCGCUACAAUUACGAUGAGGGUCUAUUGCUGCAGGAGGGCAUCCAGGAAGUCAAAGAAGGGAGCAAAGAUGGCACCUUCUGUCGCUCGAGACGCUUCCUGGCCAUCCACUCGGUCGCCUGGCACCACGAAGGCAAACAGUUUGUCUGCAGCCACUCGGACGGCACUCUGACCACAUGGAAUAUACGAGCCCCCGCCAAGCCCGCACAGAUCAUCACGCCGCAUGGAAAGCAGCCCAAGGAUGGCAAGAAGCCGGAGCCAUGCAAGCCCAUCCUCAAGGUGGAGUACAAAACAACACGGGCUGGGGACCCCUUCAUGGUUCUGUCGGGAGGACUGUCCUACGACACGGUGGGGAGGAGGGCCUGUCUGACCGUGAUGCACGGGAAGAGCACCGCCGUCCUGGAGAUGGACUUCCCCAUCGUGGACUUCCUCACGCUGUGUGAAACGCCAUAUCCAAACGACUUUCAGGAGCCUUACGCAGUAGUGGUCCUCCUGGAGAGGGAUUUAGUCCUCAUUGACCUCGGACAGAUUGGGUACCCCAUAUUUGAGAACCCGUAUCCCCUCACCAUCCACGAGUCCCCGGUGACCUGCUGCGAGUACUUUGCAGACUGCCCAGCCGAACUUAUCCCUGCACUUUACUCCGUCGGCAGCCGGCAGAAGAGGCAAGGUUUCAGCAAGAAGGAGUGGCCCAUCAGUGGGGGAAACUGGGGUCAGGGCACACAAAGUUACCCAGAGAUUAUCAUCACGGGGCACGCCGAUGGCUCCAUUAAGUUUUGGGAUGCGUCUGCAUUGAUGCUGCAAGUGCUGUACAAGCUGAAGACUGCCAAGGUGUUUGAGCGGGCGCGCGCCAAGGAGGAGAGGGCCAUUGCAGACAUCGUGGAGGAGGACCCCUUCGCCAUCCAGACGCUGUGCUGGUGCCCCGAGAGCAGGAUGCUGUGCGUGGCCGGCGCGUCAGCCCACGUCAUCGUCUACAGAUUCAGCAAGCAAGAGGUCAGCGCCGCUGACGUGCAGCUCUUGGAGGUACGCCUGCAGUGCCAGCUGAGCGACGUGGACUCACCCGACCCCGGAGGAGAGCAGACCCCCACGUCGCCCGCCUCGGCGGGGGCGCCCCCUAGCCCCCAGGAGACGGAGCCCGCCGCUCAGCCCUCCGCCGGCAGCAACUCCUCAGACGGGUCGCGAGACAACAUUCCCUGCCUGCAGGUGCGGGGCUCCGCGCUGAAGCAGUCUCCGGGCUACCAGGUGGAGCUGGUCAUCCAGCUGGUGUGGGUCAGCGGGGAGCCUCCUCAGCAGAUCACCAGCUUGGCCAUAAACUCCUCGUACGGACUAGUGGUGUUGGGGAACAGUAACGGUCUGGCUGUGGUGGACUACCUCCAGAAAACACUGCUUCUCAACCUGGGCACGUCGGAGCUCUACAGCCCCUCUGAGCCCUACCAGAGGCAGCCUCGCUCCCCACGCAAAGCCCGGCAGCCCUCUGGAGUGCUGUGCGACUCCAACGACGGGCCCAACGCCUCCGAGGAGCGUUGCAAGUCGCCGACUUCAGGAUCGACCUCGCCCUGCAAUUCAGACGAGGACCGAAAGGCCAAGUUCAUAGAGAAGGUGAAGUACAAAAGCAGACGCUUUUCCAAGACGAUUGCCAAUGACUUUGCCAGGAUGUCGCGGAAAAUUAGCUCGUCAAACGAGCAAAAGCCAAACACGGAGUGGCGCUCCCUGCCGUGUCGGAAUGGCACUUGUCACGCCGACGACGGCAUGACGACGAGCAGGAAGAGCGUCAAGCUGGUCUUCUCUAGAACCAGCUCAGAUGGCAACUUCAAUCCCAAGGAUAACUCGUUCAGCCGCUCGCGUAGUUCGAGUGUGACCAGCAUCGACAGAGAGUCCCGAGAGUCUGUCUCCUCCUUUUGCUUCUGCGAGACGUUCCCCAGGAAGUGUGAUAGCCUGCUCAGCCCCUGUGUGCUGGUGGGCACCACCCAGGGCGGUGUCAUGAUGGUGGCCGUCAGCCUGCCCCCCAGCGGGGACCAGAGGCUGCUGCAACCGGUCGGCAUCUCCUCCUGCGGCACCGUGGCCAGACUCAAAGGAGGCAUUCUGACCAUGGCCCUGCUGGAUGCCGCCGGAGGCCUGCUGCCCUCCUCCCAUGAGCCCUGGUACGACCCCAACGCCGCCGACGAUGAGAAGGAGAAGUGCAGGAGGCGCAGGCCGUCCUCCCUGCCUUCGUCGCAGGACGGCCAGGACUCUCAGCUCGCCAUUCUGUGCUCCGAGAAGCAGGCCAAGGUUGUUGCCAUGCCCUCCCAGACGCGCGUCUACAAACACAACAUCACCGAGUCGUCUUUCGUGCUGAGGGCCGACGUGGUGCAGAUGGCCGGCGCCAACUGCAUUGCCUGCUUCUGUGCCAACGGCCACAUCAUGACACUAAGCUUGCCCAGUCUACGGCCUCUCCUGGACGUCAACUACCUGCCGCUGACGGACAUGCGGAUAGCCAGGACCUUCUGCUUCUCCAACCUGGGUCAGGCCCUCUACCUCACCUCCCCCACGGAGGUCCAGAGGAUCACCUACAGCCAGGACACCUGCGACAACCUGCAGGAGAUGCUGAGUGAGUUGUUUACUCCCGUGGAGACACCCGAGGCUCCCAACAGAGGUUUCUUCAAAGGCCUCUUUGGCGGAGGAGCUCAGUCUCUGGACCGGGAGGACCUUUUUGGCGAAACGAGCGCCGGGAAGGCCUCACGCAGCCUGGCCCAGCACAUCCCCGGUCCAGGUAGCAUGGAGGGCAUGAAGGGUGCCGCGUCGGGCGUCGUCGGGGACCUGGCCCGCGCCCGGAUAGCCCUGGACGAGCGAGGGCAGAAACUGGGGGAGUUGGAGGAGAGGACGGCCGCCAUGAUGGCCAGCGCGGAGUCCUUCUCCAAACACGCUCAUGACAUGAUGGUGAAAUACAAGGACAAGAAGUGGUACCAGCUCUGAUGGCGCCGCCUGGCCGAGCACUGUGGACUCUAUGAGCGUGCACGUACGCACACACACACACACACACACACACCGGUAUGGCUGAGGAGGAGGUGCAGAUCCUUUUUUUGUGGGCAGCACAGAAACGUCACCACGCAGCUCAUUCUGACAAAACACGAUUUCUCCAUGCACGGCCUCCCCAAACCGGGAGAAAGGUCUGACGGCGAUGGUUGAGUGAAGCACUUAGAAGAACGUUUGGCGUUAUGAAGCAACUCCUGCCUUAAAUAAGGGCUGGUAGUACCCCCAUCGUCCACAUGCUCACACUCCGGGCAUUACUUCUGGGUGUUUAUUCUUAGCAUAUUACACACACACACACACACACACACUGGAAGCACCCUGAAGAUAUUCUUCGUGUUCACAGGGCUUUGUUUGUUUAUUUUGCUUUUCUUUGCUUUGCAUUCUUAUCGCCCCCCCCCAUGUUGGUAUGCUCCCUAGUGGUGGACGAUACCGCACUCUUUUGGGGGGUUUUUAACCCAUACUUUGGCGGAAACACUUCCGAUAUCAGCGGGCAACUCAACUCAAGCACCAGACGUGAACGUUAACGACAACGUACUGAGUACAUGAUAUCAACACAAUGUCUUAAACACAUGUUGCCCCCAACCCCCACCACCACCACCAUGUGCCAAAAUAUCAAUGAUUGUAGAACAGAAAGGACUCCAGUACCCUUGGAAUCGGUAGUGUUUGAGAAUCAACACCAGUGCUACUAUCCAUAGCAACCCCCCACCCCCACCCCACCCCACCAAAAAAAAUGAUGUUAUUGUAGUAUGAGAAAUAACUCCAGUAUCCUUGGUAUGAGGUGUAUAUAUGUAAUAUGAUAUCUCUUCCCCCUCCCCAUACUGUAGUCUGACAAUCAACACCAGUAUGGGUAGAAUUGAUAUCGCCACGCCUGGUGGAGUUUGGUCCCCUGUAGACGUUUGAAAAUUAUAUUUGUUAUCAACAGACCCCACCCCCCACCCCCCGUGAGAAUUGGCAUCAGUAUCAGUAAUAUUGACAAGUUGGCAUCCGUGUCUACUUUGAUCCCAGCAAGGAUACCUCCUCUUGAACAUACAUUUCAUACCACGAGAAUCGACUCCAGUAUCGGAAAGCCUGGCAUCAAUAUUUCGGUAUCACGAGCUGUUGUGGAGGUCGGUCUUAUAAAUGAUAUCACCUGUCAGCAUCUUCAAUACACAUUCCCGCAUGGAUGACGAUGUUGAUAUCGGUAGUGUUGAUAUUUCGGUAUCGCGAGGCUGUGCUGCUAUGCUGCGUUGGGGUGUCUGUUCAUCGUUUAUUGGACACCAAAGAAGUUCAGUUCACAAUCGUGAUGAUGAUUGCUUCGGUGGUGGUGGUGUUCGUUUUUGGAAAUGUUUGGAAUGAAGCCCCGCUUUCAGCUGUGUUUCCCCCCCACUGAGGUGGCUUUUUGCACUAUUUUUUUCUACUAUGAUUUCUUUCAACGGGGACCAAAACAUGCCAGAAGCUAUGCUUAUUACGUCUACAUAGUGUAUAUCUACGUCUGUCUGUGUCUGCACCUGCCAACUCUGCUCAUCUGUUUGGUUGAAAUGAUAUAUUUCUAUACGAAAACACAUGUGUACUUUUUACUUUGGAUGAGAUGUGAAUGAAAAUCAUUAUUAUUUUUUUUGGUCGUACGUAACGCUCGUGCUUCAUGAUCCUUAGUCAUCCAUGAAGUCGGUCACGUGAUGGAACUUUCUCUUUUAACGUGUGGCCUCAGACUUUUCUUCUUCUUCUUGCACAUGGACGGAUGCAUGAUAUGAAGUGUUUACAAACUUGAAAUCACCGGUGUGUUUCCCUCUUUAAAAGCCGUGUGUGUGUUCGUGCGUGUAUGUGUCCCGACAUUUGUAUGCCCAGCUGUUUACAUUGUGUGUGGGUGCGCGUGUGAGGGAUAAUUUCCGUUGUCCACGUCCACGGAUGAAAAGCUUUGGGUGCGCUGCAAAAAAGGCUUUGCUUGGCUUCCAGCACUGUGCAAGGCCCCCCCACCCCAUCCGUCCAUCUAUCUUUCCGUCCGUCCGUCCGUCUUCUGGGAGUUGCAGUAUUUUCUCAUUUUUGUACAGUUUUAUUAAAGAUGAAUUUCCCAUGGACGUCCGACUUAAUCUGCUGCCACAACCAAUUAGACUGUAGAUAAGACACUAUAUACAGACCCUUUCCAAAAAAUUAGAAUGUCAUGGAAAAGUUGUUUCAUUUCCAUAAUUCCAUUCAAAAAGUUAAACUUUCAUAGAUUAUAGAUUCAGGGCCCACA